GGGCCAGUCGCGUUCCUCUCGCUGGUUAUGCAGCGGUGUCCCUCCCGCGCGCAUGUGUGUUAUAAAACCGACCCGAUCCCUACAUAGAAGCGAUACGCAGGUUACACGUCGCGAUCCGUCGGUGGUUUAGAAUCAUGUGCGCGCGAAUUAAAGUGAUCAGUGAGUAGCCUCUACGCAUCGUUGAUUUGCGUUCUACUUCGCACUUCGUCGGCGUUCAAUCUGUGCAGGUCUCGCAGAUGGCGACGAAGGCUGCGCACGGUACUGAAAGUGGCGCAGCAGAUGUGACACUUGGUGCGUCCCUCGUGGUGCGUGCGGUGAUCGUAGAGGGAGUCGCGGCGCCGGUAGACUGCGCCGCAAAUGUCGCAUUGGAACCCAGCCGCGGUGCGGCAGUCCCCGCCGCCGCUCGGGAGGAGAGCGGGAGCGACCGGCCAGACGGCGCGACCUGGAAGGAAGGCGAGAGAAGUGAACAACAAGACGACACGAAUGUAAACGACUGCCUCGCUCACCAAACCCCACCAGCCAUGAGUACCAGCCGCACGGGAAAGAAGCGUCGGCGCCCGGCGUCGCGCUCCGCCCGCGCGGGACUUCAGUUUCCCGUGGGUCGUAUUCAUCGGUAUAUGAAGAGCAGCGAGAUGCGACUACGACGGGUGGCCGUGGGAGCUCCCAUCUACACUGCGGCAGUCAUGGAAUAUCUCAGCGCCGAACUUUUGGAGCUGGCCGGUAAUGCUGCCCGGGACAACAAGAAGAGCCGGAUCACACCGCGACAUCUACUGCUGGCCAUUGCCAAUGACGAGGAGCUUCACACGUUCUUGCGUGGCGUUACGAUACCUCAGGGAGGUGUACUGCCCCGGGUCCAUCCCCUUCUUCUGAUGAAGAAGGGAGACCCGAAUGCGUCAUCGACGACAGCGGUGCCCCCGCAGUAUUCGGCGUCCUCAGUGGUGACCCCGGCGCAGAAAAAGGUCGGCGUGGUGGCGCCCACACCGCGACCCAAAAAAGCUUCUGGAAAAGGAGCAAAGGCCAACGCCAGUCUGAAUCCGCUGUACAAGAAGAAGCUCUUCCUUGGACAAACGCUACACGUGGUCCAGGGGGACAUCGCCGCGGCCAAUGUGCAGGCGGUGGUCCACCCGACCGGUUCCAAGUUCCCCCUGGCGGGUCAGGUGGGGGCUGCUCUGGAGGCCGCCGAGGGGUUCCAGCUGAAGAAGGCGCUGGAUGAGCUGAUGAAGAAUCAUGGCCCGCUGGCGCCCUGUGGAGCCACGCUGUCUCCGACCAGUCACGUGCCCGCCGACUGGAUCAUACACGUGAACGGGCCCACACACUCGGAUACGAACGUGGAGGACAAGCUGGCCAAGUCUGUAAAGAACUGUCUGGCGGUGGCAGACCAGAAGAACUUGGCCUCGAUCGCGCUGCCAUCUAUCGGCAGUGGCAGAGGAGGUCUGGAGAAGUCGGACGCCGCGCGUAUCAUCCUGAAGGCCAUUCACGACUACUUCGUGAACGUCAUGGCCUCCUCCCUGAAGGACGUCUACUUCGUGCUCUAUGACGACGAGAGUGUCCGAGUCUACAAGGACGAGCUGGCUAAGCUGGAUGCCUAGUGGAAGACGUUGUGGGAUGAUGUGAUGUGAAGGAGGUGGGAAGACAUGCUGAAGAGCUUGGUGACAAGUGGGACGUAGCAGCAGCUGGUUGAGAUUGAACAUGUUUGAAGGGAUUGGUGAGGAAGAGAUGGCAAUGUGGGUCAGUAAGCAGUAAGAUUUGAUGAAUGAGUUAACUGUUCGAGGAGAUUACUAAGACGAUAGGGCGUACAGCUAGGUGAUAAUCACUGUAGGUAAAGGAUCGCCCCGCUGAAAUAUUUACGCUAAAGCAGAUGCAAGGCUUGCGGGCGGUUACAAAUGUGAUACCGAUGAAGGAAAAUCUCGGGGUUUCUUGUAACAUGAAAAAAUGUUGCCUUUACUCAGUCAUUCGUCAACGCAUUGGUCUUUCUUGCGUUGAAAAGGCUACGUUAUGGUUUGUUACUGUUGGAAUGACAUUCUACGUAUAGACAAGAUAUGCUCCGUAAAAUAAUUAUUUUUUUGUAGUCACAGUGUUACACGUUUCGUUGAUACCUCUCGUUAGUCUUGGCUGUCUUAUCUUUUCAUUUUUUUUUUUGCUGAUUCAAAUUACCGAUUCAAACUGAAAAGCUAGAAUAUCGAAUAAUUUCGGGGCGGCGUCUCGACAGGCCAGGGGUGGUUGAAGCUUGUGCGGUAGAGCUUGCUGUCAAUGAAGAGCCAGCUGCGGGAGCUAUGUUUGCUGUGUUGGUGCACUGCCUUAGCCUAUAGCCUCGUGUUCGGUAAUGUAGGACUGUAACGCUCUGUUGGUAUCGAAAUAUCGCUUCGAAAAGUCAGAAGAUUACUUGUGAUAUUUAUAAUGCUGUAUUUAUAAGUUUCUGUGCCUUCCGUUUAUUUGUUCAUCAGCCUGGGCCACGUUUUCAGUUUAAUAUGUCGCGACUUUCUCAGAGGUAUGGCGAAAAUUUGCGCCACGAGGGCAGAACGAUAGCCUUUUGGACUGUCAAUGUUGAUGGACCGUUGAGCCAGCGAAUUGCUCAUGAUCCUUGUUCUGUUGAUUAUGUUUGUGGUAACGAUCAGAGGCACAGAUAACAGUAAGAGGCCGAAAACAGAACCGAAUAUUUCGUGCCCAGACUUCGAUAUCUUCUCACACAGGCAAAAAAAAGAUUUAUGUGAAUGAAACUUAUAAAGAAGCAAUCUAGCCGUGCUCGUGUUUAUUGCUGCAUUUUUGCAUAAUGGCAACUUAUUUUACUAAACGUUGCUGGUUACACUUUCCUCGCCGUGGUGAGGGAACGUAUGCCACUGAUUUAUUUUAAUGAUUUCCCACUCUCAUCCACAAAAAGUACUUGUACAUGGGAGUUUGAUCUUUUUAUUUACAUGCUAAUCGACACCAGUCCUGUCACAACGAACCAUCCCAACGUCACAAUUCAAACCAACGUCACAAAACGUCACUUCGCUUCGCCUGCCCUCCCAUUUUCAUCAGCGACCUUACUUCCCCGCCUUACGUCUUCUUGACCCUGCUGAGCUUUGGCCUCUUGUCGCUCCUCGAUCGGGUUGCACCUGGGGUGCAAUCCGAUUGCCGCUGGGGUGUCUGCUUCCUGACUUUCGAUGGACAGCACUGUCUUGAGUGUCUGCCUCACUUAUCAGUUACCAUGUUUCCACACUUUCCAGCAAAUAGAUUGAAAACCGUCGCAUACAUCUCUGGAAGGAGGCUCCUAAGGACGUCGUGGCUAUCAUUGCAAACGACUUCCGAUCAGUUCGACAUCCCGGUUUACGACUAUCUUCGCCCCUUCUUGGUUGAUCGCAGACCAGCAGCUGGUUCCUGUUAGCUUCCGUCUUCGGCAGUUGCCUCCAAAUAUGGCAGAUCCUCACGAUGAGGUCGAUGUCUUCCUCGUCUUUCUCCAGUCGUACCUCCAGUGGCGUAUCCCCAAGAUAGAUAAGCAGGCUGGCGGAGGCACCGUACUUGUUACGCCUGGUGGCCGAGCGUGCCAAGGCGCCAGAGCUGUGUCCCAGGGAGGCCUUGGCGCUGUCAUCCAGUUCCUCCAUUUCAGUGAAUUUCGCCACCGCGGCCACUGGCUCCUGGAUGACAAGAGCACCAUCCUGCUGUCACUCCUGCUGUGAUGCUGAUGGUGCCAUUCGGGCGGAGGCGUCGGCGGGGCUGAAACGUGACUAGUGACCACCAUCUGAGGCCCUAGUUCGACUUCGGAGUACCGCCUCAUUCUCCAGGAACUGUCGGACACUCGACCAGUUGUAGUUGCCACCUGAUAGCUGACAUUGUCAUUCGUGAAGAACGCAUCGGUCUGGUCCUUCAUAACCUGCUUCUGGUGUGAGUGGCAUGCGGAUGCCAUGGCUAGUUUCGCUGGCCGCUCGUGCACAGGGGGCAUCGCGUAAUCCACGCUGGUCAAUACUGACAGGACUGCGCCGCUCUUGAGCCGACGGCGCUGUCUCUGCAUGCCGGUGCGAAAUGACCGAUCAUCUUCGAAAUCUUCCUUUCUGAAAUGCAGCUCACACAUGCAGCGGAAUAGUCCUGAUUUCACUCAGCCCGGUCACGGUGACCCAUGGCGCCAACCCACUGAGCCCGUAGAGAUGUUUCGGUGAGAAAAGCGAAUAGGUGGCAUGUGAGACAUCUCCUGUUUUAAUCUUUUGUCCCUCUUGGUUCGUUGGGUUGUAGCCAGAACGGCAGUUUUUUUACCGCUCAUUCCCCUCAUUCAUUGUUGAUGUACCUAUACGUAUGUAAGGCUUUGCUCCACGCUUUGUUUUUAAAAGAAAACACCACGCAUUGUGCCCUCUAAAUAAUCAAAUUAAAAGUGAAAUACUUUAAUUUUUUAAGCAAAUGAAAGUAACAUUGGUAGCUUCGAUUUUAAAUGUAAACGACAAAACACAAAAAUGACGAUUUCUUGCAAUACACAGCACACAAAUUAUCCACCCAGCAGCACGCGAGAAUCCCAUUUUGGCGCCGUCGCAUAAAAACAUUCGGCCUCUUACUGCAACUGCCAAUAUUCUGUUUCCAAUCCAGUACUACUGUUAUCUGUGUCAGAGGACAUCUGUUGCAAAGAUGCCAUUUAUUCUUUCGUCACUUUAGAUGAACAGACUGACAGAAGUUGUCGGUCUUGAUUUUUCUCUUUCAAUCGCGAGUUGUGUGUGUAUAGGUUUGUUUGUGUGUUGUUUGUGGUACACAGUUUUGGUGGAUGUAUAUUGACACCAUUGGGCUUGUUGGGUGGCACCUUAGCACAACGACUGCGCUGUCGAAUUAUUUCUUUGCUUGUUCGUUUGUUACGCAGUGUGAGAUUCUAUGGUGUGUUUGUGUGUCGUUUGCUGUGUGUGAAAUAGGUCCACCUGUGCCCUGUGGUUUGCUUAUGCGGGAUAAUGAACGAGAUGUUUCAAACGACGCUAAAUGGUGAAUAACCCUGUAAAACACCUCAGCUUUCAGCAAAAUCAUCGCAUCCCAAUUAUAUUACCCUUUGGAAGCGCCCGUGCCUAUUGGAAAAGUUUCGUGAAGUGAAUGUUUAUGUUACGAGCAUCAAACAUUAAAUUUUGUUUCUUCAAAUAGUGAUCACGUGUGAUAACAAAACCUAGUCCCUGCAGAAAAAAAGAUUAUGCUUGAGAUUGCAGUGUUGGCGCACCAAAUAUGUAUUCGAGAUGAAAAUAUUGGUUUGAUCAAUGCCUCUGUUUUUUACUAACUAGCCUGUUCGAUUUUAUUAUAGUGCGUUUGGUAUUGAUUGAACACGAAAGAGGUUUGAUUUUGUUCAGUUUGUAUCCUGUGUAGCUCAACUAUUAACCAAUUUCAGUGUCGAAAAUGUCAUAUGUCUUGUUAAUGGUGAUCAUUUUAUGUGUUGAGAUGUUCAUAUUUACUCGUAACAUAAGGUGCAAUCUUCAGUUUGUUAAUUACGCAAUAUCUAACCGGUUAUGUAGCAUAUGAUUUGUCACUUAUGCACUCGUUUCCCGAAUAGAGCUUUUGGGCACGUUAUAUUGGGUAUUAAUACAAAUAUACCAUUGAUAUA